AAGAGAAACCCCUAUAAAAGCGAAAACUCGUCUAAAAACUAAAAAGCACGGUUGAGAAAACAAAGAAUUCGCGGGAAAAUGGAAGAAUCAUCAUCAGUUGCAGAAGGAGAUCAGAGAGAUGAAUCUAUGGAACAGGAAGUUACCAUCAGGGAACGGGGCAUGGAUCAAACUUCCACGUGUCAAGAGACUGAAUCGGAAGCCUGUGGACUUGACGGCAGCGAAUCGAAUUCGCCAUUGAACAAAAGCGACAUCUUGAAAGCAAUGGAGGUAGUUGAGAAAGACUCUCUGGCUAUCGCCGACAGCUUCUCUUCCCUCUUUGCUUCGCUUCGUUUAGCUUUCUCUGAGGUUACUAGCAGCCCAGUUGAUCAUAUGCGUUGCUUUGCUGAUGCAGCUGGGCGCAUUCAAGAAUCUGCACUUGAUGCGGCAACAAGGGGAAACCAGUAUAUAAAUUCAUGUCUCAGAUUAAAUGAGGAAAUGAAGGGCAUUGACAAUCUAGCUACACCGCUGUAUCCUUUUCAGUUGUCUUGGUGUGUUUUUGUUUGUAUCGUAGGGCUUGUAGCCUGCUCCUUUAAGCUGUUUAUUUGGACCGAUGAACACAUCAGAUCAUUCUCUCCCAUUAAAGUGGAGUUAGCCAUCUUGAGUGCCGCAGAGAAACCCUUGCUUUUGGUAAGCCAAUAUAGAACUUGGGCUAGCAUGAAACUUAUUGAUUUGACCAUUUCAUCCUUGGCAUUUCUUUGUUUCCUUAAUGCUUAUGAAGAAAAAUUCUGAGGAAUAUAGAUGCCCCAGACACGGCCGUAAACAAGCUCGUCGACUCCCAUGACACUUGAGGAUGAACUGCUCAAAUUAGGAAAUCAAUUUAUGUAGACCCUGUAUUAAUAAAAUUUUGUUUUAAACUAACCAAAAAAAAAAAACAAAGACCCUCAAGUACACGGGUAAUUAGCUUGUCAGAAGUAAGCACAAACUAAUCCAAAAAGUUACAUAGUUUCUGGCUGGAGAGAAUAUCAAUUUCAGGCAACUUUGUGCAGUAGAGCUCUGUAUGACAGAUUUAAUGGACACAUGUUCCCUUUGCUCGAGCAGCAGAAUUGGGCUGUCUGGAUGGAUUGUCUGCUGAGUUAUGGACUUAAAGAAUAACAACAAAAGAGCCCACAUGUCUUAGUGUGGCGGUGGGCAAUUCAUCUAAAACGAAAAGGAUCAGAUCAUAAGCAAAAUGACAAAUUUUGAAGACUCCUAGGCACGGCCGAUAGAUGUGACUCGAUCAAAAGCAAAGUUUCAAUUAAGUUUCUCUUCUCCACGGUUCUUCUCCAACCCAAGAGGAAGUCAUAGUGUGGGGAAGGCUUAACUAGAAAGUCUGAUAUGAUACCUUUCGUGCUGAACGCCAACGAGAUAUUGCAGACACUUCUUGUCAUUUUGCUCCUUUUGUUUCUCGAUGUGUUUAGUGUUUAUCAUUUUUCAUUUGUAUUCACUAGUAAGUAAAGAAAUUUUUUUUUUUUUUAAUGUUGAAAGAAAUGGACUUCACCAGAAUCUUACAAUAAGAGAGGGAGAAAAGUCAGAUGGUUUG